AAUCAUACCAUCGAAAUGGAGAAACAGGUCAUCAUUACAGUUCUGCUGCUGUCAGUGUGCGCGUGGCAAGCUCACGCAGUUGUGAACUGCACUGCAACAGGAGCCGGUCGUUUCGCGGACCCUGCUGACGCGACAUGCCAGAACUACACUCUGUGCAUCUUCAACGCUGCGACCGCUACCUACGUCUCCUACAACUACGUCUGCCCAACCACCUCUCUGUUCAGCCCGACGUUGUCUCAGUGCACCAGUACCUACACCUGCCCCAAUACAACCAACGUGGCACCGACCGUCCCUGCCGCAACGUGCACGGCCGACGGUUUCGUGGCUGAUCCUGCAUCUACUGACUGCAGCACUUACAUACAAUGCGUGCUUAUUAAUGGCGUCUAUUCCCAAACCCAGUUGACUUGUCCAACUGGCACAUUUUAUAAUCCAACGACGACUCUAUGCGAUCCGAAUUACGUUUGUGGAUUCACGUGUACUACGGCUGGGAGGUUCCCGAAUACUGCUGAUACUACCUGCCAGUCAUAUUACUAUUGCGUCCUGUUAGCUACUGGUUUGUUUACUCAGGUCAAUUACACAUGUCCGACGACUUCUGUGUUCAGUCCCUUGACAAGUGUUUGUACGACAACUUACACUUGCCCUACAGCGGCUGCCCCGAUCGGUUAAAUAUGGUGUACAUUUUAAUUUAUUUUUGGACGACGUGAGGGUACCCCCCAUUGUUUAUUCUUAUCGACCUUGUCUGUUCAUUUGAUGUUUGUUAAAGAUUAUGUUAUAACCGUUUAAAAAUAUAUUGGUUUUCUUGAAGAA